AAGACAUCUGGAUUCUCAUAUCAGCUUCUGCAUUGAAUCAUUGUAAUUUGUUUUGGUUGAACUUUAUGAAGAAAACCUGGCUUCACACCGCCAAGUAGUUGGACAAUGAAGGAAUAUUUUAAUAAACAAAUAACGUCUUAGUAUCAGGAAAAUAACAACGUUGAGGACCCCCUGAAAAGAAUUUAGAGAACCCUAAGGGUGCGCAGACCACACUAUGAGAAUCCCUGACUGAAGGAUUUUUGGUGAACCCUUAAGAGCUAGAUGGUGAACGUUUGAAUGUGGAGUAAUGAACUUGCAGACAAUCCCUUGAAUGUUGAUUAUAUAGUUUGUAGUCAGUGCCUGGCAGAGGCGGGGCUUUCUCGGAAACCUAAACUGAUGCUCCUUGCAUUUUACCGGGAAACUCGGCAGCGCUAAGUACGGAGCAGUUUCACUAUGUUAUUCCCUUGUGGUCUUCUCACCCACUCCAAGCAGCCAGUGCCUCUUAAGAGCAUCUCUGUGGCUGUGUCUAUCCAUGAGUUUGUGGCAGAUGUGUCUGCAACCCUGGACUACAAGAAUGAGGAAGCAAAUCCUGUGGAAGCAUUCUUUGUGUUCCCCAUGGAUGAAGACUCUGCUGUUUAUAGCUUCCAGGCUCUGGUGGAUGGGAAGAGUAUAGUGGCAGAAAUACAAGAGAAGCAGCAGGCCCAGGAGAAUUAUGAGAAUGCCAUCUCUGAAGGCCACCAAGCCUUCCUUCUGGAGCAGGAUAGCAGCUCUGGUGACAUCUUCAGCUGCAGUCUAGGAAAUCUUCCCCCUGGUCAGAAAGCUGCUGUCACUCUGAGCUAUGUUCAGGAACUAUCCCUGGAGGCAGAUGGGGCUGUUCGCUUUGUCCUGCCAGCCAUCUUGAAUCCACGCUAUGUCCUGCAAGAGUCAGCUGAGGCAGACAACAUCACCUCUCAAAUCCCUCGGGUUCCUGGCAAGGAGCUGCCCUACACAUUUAGUGUCAGUGCCAACGUCUGCUCUCACAACGGCAUUGAGAAAGUCCAGUCCAACUGUGCUCUGAGUCCCCUUCAGUACUUGGAAGAUGACAAGACUGUUGCCCAGGUUUCCUUGGCUGAAGGGCAUCAGUUUGAUCGGGAUGUGGAGAUGCUGGUUUACUACAGAGAGGUGAACACACCCAGUGUGUCUGUGGAGCUGGCCCAGGCUGAUGCCAAACCAGGUUCGCUAAUGGGAGAUCCAGCUGUGAUGGUGAGUUUCUACCCUAGUAUACCUGUGUCUCAAGGAGAUAGCACUGGUGAAUUUAUCUUCCUCAUGGACCGCUCAGGGAGCAUGUCCUGCGAAAUGAAUAGCGAAGAAGGUGCCCAGUUGCGCAUUGAUAGUGCCAAGGAAACUCUGGUCCUGUUGCUGAAGAGUUUGCCCCUUGGCUGUUUUUUCAAUAUCUAUGGCUUUGGAUCCUCCUUUGAGUCAUUCUUUCCAGGGAGUGUGGAGUACACGCAGAAGUCCAUGGAGGAGGCUGUGCAGAGAGUAAAGGCUCUAGAAGCAAACCUGGGAGGGACUGAAAUCUUAGAGCCCCUGAAGGAUAUUUAUAGCAAGUCCUGCAGGCCAGGCCACCCUCGGCAGCUCUUCGUCUUCACAGAUGGAGAAGUUAGUGAUACCUUGAAGGUCAUUGCUGAAGUUCAACGCCACAGUCAGAAUCACAGGUGUUUCUCUUUUGGAAUUGGAGAAGGGGCUUCCACCAGCCUUAUUAAAGGCAUUGCUCAGGCAGCUGGGGGCACUGCAGAGUUCAUCACAGGCAGGGACAGAAUGCAGCCCAAGGCCCUCCAAUCCCUCAAGCGGGCCCUGCAGCCAGUGGUACAGGAUGUCUCCCUGACCUGGACUCUGCCACCUGGGCUGGAAACUACCUUGCUCUCUCCAGCUCCUGCUGUCAUUUUCCAUGGUCAGAGGUUAAUUGUCUAUGCUCAGUUGAAAGGGACAAAUGCAUCCAGAGAGGCAGCAGGUGAGGUGUGUCUUCACUACACACUCCAAGGUGAUACCUUCAAGAACACAGUGACAUUCUCCCUGGAGCCUAAAGCAGGUGACAAACUUACAAUUCAUCGCCUGGCUGCCAAGUCCUUGAUCCAGACCCUUGAUGGAAACUUACAGGAUGCUGCAGAGGAGAAGAAAAGAGUGGUGGAUGUUAGCCUUCAGUCGGGAGUUGUCUCCUCUCAUACUGCCUACAUCGCUAUCAACAAGGAGCUCAAUCAGCCCAUUCAGGGGCCCCUCACUCGGAGGGAUAUUCCAUUGGCUUUUAACUAUCCCAUAGUCUCAUGUUGCUGUUCCAAUCUAAGUAGUGAAGAUACAAUGGCACGUCCUUUUCCUGUUCCAGUAUCAUCUUCUGCAUUUGCAAGAUCCACCACCUUUAGAGCGCGUGCUGAUUUAGGUUUUUCCAAAAUUGCCCGCUUCUUCAGAAAACGGAAGACUGGCUCAUUUGCAAAUUUGCAAAAGCCUGUUAAAAUGGCAUCACCUCAAGGUAGCCCAAGCAUCAUGUUCACAGACGAUUACAGGAAUAUAGACACAUCCUCUCCAGAGUCUCCACUUCUGCAAUUGAUUUCCCUCCAGAAGGCAGAUGGUUCCUGGGAACUAGAUGAAGCUCUGACCUCAGUCCUGGGUCUGAGUGUUCAGAGUGCAUUGGCUGCAUUGCCUGACCAGAGUAAAGAUGUCCCAAGGUGGGCCACCAUCUUGGCUGUACUGUGGAUGCAUAGCUCCAGUUGGGACCAGAGAGAAGAAUGGGAACUCCUGGAAAGGAAGGCUGUGGCAUGGAUUCAGGCUCGAUCUGAUUCCUGCCUGGGUGAAUGCAUCAAAGCUGCCAAUGCUCUUCUGAAAUCAUCUGUGGAUCCUGCUGUCUUUGGCCUGUGAGAGUAGAAAUGAAAAUGUUUAUCUUUUGACUGCUGCUCCUUACCCUCUAUGCUGCUAAAACCUGUUGGUGUAUCUUCCUUUCUUGUUGUGCUCAUUCCCCAUAGAGACUGGUCCAUCAUAUUCCAUUUGGUUCAGUUCAGCUAUUUUUUAAGGGCCCUGCUACGUGUUGGGCAUGUGCUCAGAGCUGUUGCAAUGAAGACAAAAGGGAUAGUCUUCUCACACAAAAGCUUGCAUUCUACUGGGAGAGCAGCAAGUACACAAGUUAGCAAAUUCCAAAAUAUAUCCAUAAUAAAUAAAAAUAAUUUUGGGGGGUAAAGGGAGAAAGUAGGAUGAAUCAAGAAAGAACUCUUUCUGUUCCACAAACACUUUUAUACUAGAUCAUUCUUUGUGGUUACCAGAAUCUCUGUCAUGGCAUAAAAUCCAUGAAUUUCAGGGCUGGGGAAGGUAGGUAUUACUCCAGCUUUUCGUCUGCCCCCCUUUGCACUAUCUCAAGGCAUAUUAAAGAAAGAAUGGUUUCCCCUGUUUCAUAAAUGGGUAAACAGGAGAGGGGUACCUAGUUUGAAGUGUCUUUUUGUCUAUGUGCAGGUAGGGAUUUCACUUUUGAAAAGAGAGUUAAAAUUUAGAUGGAGGUAGGACAUGCAUCUACCAUGAUGUGUGUUAUUGUAUAACUAGAACUAUUUGCAUUAGAUGACUUGAAAAAAAUUUUUGUAACACUUUAUCUUUCAUACUACCUGGACAAAGUUGAUGAGCAAGAAAAGACCCCCAAAAGAAGCAGCUGGAGGAGGAAGGCAAGAAUUAGGUUUAACCUAACUCUGUGUCUGGGGGAUGGGCUUGGGAAGAGAUACCUAAACUGCACUGGACCAUUCUGAUUGUCUCUAUGUGGCCUUUAUAUCCUCUACUUGUACAAGCACUGAUGAGCUCCCCAUGCCACCUAUGGAUGCUCUUGGAGACAUAGGGAGUAAUCUGUGCUCAUGGAGGUGGAAUGCUAUGACUAUAGGCUGUGGGCCCUUGGCUUUUAUGCCCUGUUCCCUGCUAAACAACAAUAGUAGUAGAGAGAUCUAGGAUGGAAAUAAACAUCUCCCUCUCUCUGAGAUGAAGGAAAAGGCCUUCUCUGCACAUUACAAUCUUAUAUCCUCACUUGUUUCAUCAUGGGUGCUUAAGCUUUUCACAAACCUGUUAUUUCCUGCAAAUAUUCUACUACCAAGAAUAAAAUGGCUUGCCUAUUAGUG